UGGAGUUAAUUCAGAAAUGGUUGCAGUUGCGGCAAAAAGGAAAAGGAGGGAGCACUAUAUGCGAGCUGCACAUGUUGCAGUGAUGUACGGUGAGAAGUUCUUAACAAAAAGAAAUAGGAGAACUCCCAUCAUGACCGGUCAACAAUGGGUUACUGAAAAUUUGAGUACAAACAAAGAUUGCUAUGCCAUGUUUAGGAUGUACAGACCGUGUUUUGAUAGAUUGCAUGAGACUCUUGUGCAAAAUUAUGGUUUGAUGUCAACAAGGAACAUGAGCUCAGAGGAGUGCUUGGAUAUGUUCUUGUGGACAGUUGGUGGUCCUCAAUCCGUUAGCCAAGUGGAGAAUCGAUUCAAGCGGUCAACCGAGGUAAUACACAGGAAAUUCAAUCAUGUGCUAGAGUGCUUGAAUAAGAUGGCUGUAGAUACUAUUAAGCCAAAAGAUCCGGACUUCAGAGGCGUGCAUGAAAGACUUCGGGAUUCUAGAUUUUCACCUCACUUUGAUGAUUGCAUUGGUGCAAUUGAUGGGUCUCAUAUCCCUGUGGUUGUUCCAGCUGAUGAGAUAGUGAACCAUGUUGGUCGGCAUGGGUAUCCAACACAGAAUAUCAUGGCAGUGUGCGACUUUGAUAUGAGAUUCACCUCUGUAGUUGCGGGAUGGCCUGGGUUGGCACAUGACACAAGGAUAUUUAAGGAUACUUUGGUGAAGUAUGCAGCUAAGUUUCCACACCCGCCGAAAGGUAGGUACUAUCUUGUUGAUUCAGGUUAUCCAAAUUGUGAGGGGUAUCUAGCUCCAUACAAGUCGACAAAAUACCAUGUGCCAGAAUUUAUCCAUGGUGACCCCCCCAAUGGUAAAAAAGAAAUCUUUAACCAUGCCCAUUCGUCGCUACGCAAUGUCAUUGAGCGUGCAUUUGGUGUGUUAAAGAUGAAGUGGCGUAUUUUAUUACACAUGCCAUCUUACCCCUGUGACAAGCAAGCUUUGAUCAUUGUUGCUUGUAUGGCACUUCAUAAUUUUAUCAGGGAUAGCCACUUGAGAGAUAAAGAGUUUGAUAGAUGUGACCGUGAUGAGUACUACAUGCCAGGGGAUGUACUACCUCCACCUACUGGUCGGGUAUCUAACAUUGUGCAUGGUGAUGAUGCUCUCAUGAAAGUAACCAGGGAGAGAAUAGCUGAUGGAUUAUUGGCAGCUAGAGAUGAAGUUUAGUUUUACGCACUACUUUCGGGUUAUGGUUGAUGUACGUUUUGGAUGAUGGUUGGUAAUUGA